AUGCCUCUCCCGGGCAAACGAAUCAUCCUCUGCCUGGACGGUACCUGGGUCAACAGCGACAAAGGGUACAACAGGCCGACGCUGGACCAGCCGAACGCCACGCUGCAGGUGCCAUCGAACGUGACGCGUCUUUAUCGGUCGCUCAAGAAGCGCGAUCUCGAUGGGACAGGCCAGGUGCUGUACUACCAGCCGGGGGUGGGUAGUACCGGGGGCAUCGCUGAUACCAUUGCUGGGGGUGUGUUUGGAGCUGGGGUUUCGGAGAAUAUGCGCGAGGCGUAUAGCUUUGUUGCGGCGAAUUAUGAGGCUGGUGACGAGAUUAUUCUUGUGGGCUUCUCGCGUGGUGCGUUUACUGCGCGUGGCGUUGCGGGUUUGAUAUCAGAGAUCGGGCUGCUCAAUUCCAAGGGCAUGGAAGUCUUUUAUCCCAUAUUUAAGGAUGUUCAGAACUUGCGCAAUCCGCAUUACAAAGACAAGUUUCCUACUGUGCCGUUUCCCAACAAGCCGAUACCGCCGGACCGCGGGAAGGAAUAUCGACGGCGACUUGAAGAGGGUGGGUUCACUCGACUGUACGAUCCGGACGGAUACAAAAUCACAAUCCGCUGCGUCGCCGUCUGGGACACAGUCGGCAGUCUAGGAAUCCCCGACAUAAGCCUAACAAACAAACUCGAAAUCCCAUUCUACGACACCCACCUAACAAACGACAUCCAAUACGCCUUCCAAGCCCUAGCACUCGACGAAGACCGGGCUUCAUUCUCCCCCGCAAUCUGGGAACGCCCCCCAAACGUCCUCACCGACCUCCGCCAAGUCUGGUUCCCAGGCGCCCACUCGAAUAUCGGCGGCGGGCUACCGGACCAAGAACUCGCAAACGUAACCAUGGCCUGGAUGAUGGACCAGCUCUCCUCAAUAGGCGUGUCCUUUGAAGAAGACACGAUAUAUCGAAUGUUCAAAGAAAGCGUGCAGUACUACUACAACUGCGGCCAAGCCUCGAAACCGCGACCCGAUAGUCCGGACCGGAAACGACAUACCCAAUGGGCUCUGGACUCUAUCGUCGAGGACCAUGCCCCCGUUCGACCCUGGGCGCUCGGCGAGAUUGUCCAGCCUGAGACGGGGCUGUAUAAGCUAGCCGGUAAAACGACCCGUACACCGGGGAUGUACCACGCCGUGGAUCGGGAGACGGGGGCGAGCACGCCAUAUUUUCUUCGCGAUACGAAUGAGCGCAUUCAUCGGAGUGUGCGGAUCAGGCUUUCGCUUGAGGGGUUGGGGUAUGAUGAUCGGGGUUUGUAUAAGUGUCGGGCGUUGCUACGGAAGGGGCCGUGGGAUUUGAGGAGGAUACGGUAUGUGGUCCGGUUGAAGAGGGAGGUUGUUAAUGAGAUUGGUGUGCUAGAGGAGGUUAUGCAGGAGCGCGAGGAGGAGGGUUGGGGGUGGAUGUUUGAGGGGGAUGAGAGGGAUGCGCCGCCGAAUACGCUUUUGAUGGAGGAAGAGCUGGGGAGGUUUGAGAAUGAGCUUUUGAGGUUGAAUAAAGGUUUGUUUAUAUGA